AUGAGUGAUGGACGGAAGAGGCUUAGCGGUGCGGAGUACAAGAAACGGGCGAAGAAGAAACUCGAAGAACAAGAACGUGUAUUGAAACAAACCAAAAGGCUAGAUUUGUUCUUUAAGACGCCAGGAGAACAAGAGAUUGCACCAGUACUUGAAGGACCUGCACUUGACGAUUCCGUUGACGAGACGGCCGGCCAGCUGGACGACAAUGUUUCAGCUGGGCCAAGCUGCUCAAAUCCACCAGCUAAUCUAGCAAGUUUAAACGAAGACAUCAUCAUACCUCACGAGAUCGCCACUGAAAGCCUUUCGUUGGAGCUGCUGUCACCCUGCUGUUCCAGCGAAGAUCCAGCUUUCUGGGUUUUGAAUGAUGCAACUCGAGAUUCAAUCGCAAAAAGUGGGUUCAAACAAAAUAUCGACCUGGAUUUCUCAAACAGCGUCAGAGAAUACAAGGAUCAAAAACGAUAUUUAUCCAAAUCUCUGUUUCAACGAACAUUGAAAAAUGGAGAGGUUCAGGACAGAAAGUGGAUGGUAUUCUCAAAAAGCAAGGGUUCUGUUUAUUGUGGCCCUUGUUUGGCAUUCAAUUUCAAAGAGAAAUCCCAGUUUGAUUGUAAAGACGGAUUCAACGACUGGAAAAAUGGUGAAAGUCGGGCCAGUCAUCACGAAAACUCACCAAUUCACAAGUCGCCAAUCAUUACUCUAAAUCACGAGAAAUUGCUCUGA